AUGCCUGAGUUGCAAACGUACAAAGGUUAUUAUCUUUGGCAUUACGUCCCAUCGAAGGCAGCGGCGGUUAUUUUUCUCUUGCUCUUCCUAGCGGCGACUGCAUAUCACUCCUGGAAAAUAUGGAAACUAAAGACUUAUUUAUGUAUUUGUUUUGCUAUUGGGGGUUUCUGCAUACUAACAAUACCAGUCGAGUUCGUAGGUUACUGUGCUCGAGCGUCAGCUUACGACAAGACCGGACGAAUGAUGCCCUUCUGCAUCCAAAAUGUCUUUAUACUACUCGGUCCAGCCCUUUUCGCUGCCUCGAUCUACAUGGUCUUGGGUCGAAUUAUUGUCGGAGUCAAGGGUGAAAGAUUUUCACUUAUACCCGUCCGCUUGUUAACUAAGCUCUUUGUUACCGGCGAUAUCUUGUCCUUUUUGAUCCAGGGUGGUGCCGCUGGCAUGAUGAUCUCCAGUGACCUUGCCAGCAUGGGAAAUAAGCUUGUUAUUUUUGGUCUAAUUGUCCAGGUCGUGUUCCUUGGGUUCUUCAUUGUCGCCAUGGUGAUAUUUCAGGUCCGAAUGCAUAGAAACCCAACGCCCGAGGCUUUCUCUGAAGAUUUACAAUGGAAGUCGCACCUCAAAACCCUAUACCUAGUCAGCCUGUUGAUCAUGAUCAGGUUUCUAUUCAGGGUUGCAGAGUACAUUAUGGGCAACGAUGGAUACCUGCUACAACAGGAGUGGCCAACUUAUAUAUUCGACGCAACUCUCAUGUGCAUGGUGAUGGUGAUAUUUGGGGUUAGGUUUCCCAGCGAUGUACACGCAUACUCCAGGCAUGAAAGAGUCAAAAUGAACGAGAUGGGGGGCAGGGUAUAG